AUUCCCGUAAUGAUUAUAACAAACAAACAGCAGACUCCUUGCCUUAUUUUCGGGAUGAGUGAUACAUCCGGCGAGCGCCGGUGAAGAACGCAAGCAAAGAAGCCAAAAAAAAAAGCUGAGCUCGGCAUUGAACUAUUCCAUCAAGCAAGAGAAAGGAGGCAAACAGGGUUGAAGGCCUGGGGAGCGAACCGAAAGCUCAGCUUUGCGGACUCUUCCUUUAUUUAGUAUAGGCAAGUCAGUACCCUCAAGUAAACUCCCUCUCCCCAUACCGAUCGAGUACUAAAGCUCUAUCCUAUUUCUGUUCGAUCAAAGCGAAAUAGUGGCUUGGCUGUCCGACGCUUGAUUCUCCAGGUUCGGUUUAUCCACGCUUUGUUUUUAGAUAUCGGUGCUCAAUGCUUGUGACCGCCACUCUUCAUAAAUAGCUUUAGCUCGGGUUGACUGUGUACCCAUAGGCUUGUUUAUUAGGCUCAUACAGACAAACUGGACAUCUCGCCGACCUACAACCAUACCAAGAAGAUCCCUUGAUUCUGCUUCCAGGCCAUCCCUUAUAGAUCCGCUCGUAGUUCCGGACAGUACCUUGAUAUUAGAUAUAAUAUAUACUUACUAGUAUCUCUUGCCAGGUAACCAUUCCUGGUUCUAGUUUCCUUGACGGAAUCCGUUCCACCACUUCUGGUCAAACCAGCUAACUCCACCACUGGCUUUCUUAUGAGAUGAUAAAAGUGGAUCCCCACGGCGAGCAGCAAAUCCACCAACUGGAAAAGAAUAGCGGAUCAGGGAGGCAUGAGUGAUUCCACUCACUUCCUUUGUUCGUAACAUUAUACGUUACUCACUGAGGAGUGAAUGAACAGAGGAAAGAAGAUCUCAUAUGAAGAGGAAGUGAACAGAGGAAAGGAGUAGUCGUACUCGCAUUGAGGGAAGCAAGCUGUUCCUGUUGCCGUGUUCGUCACUUUCUCGUAGGAAUGAUAGGUUUCGUAGGCUGACUAGAUGGAUUCUUUCCACAGGACACGACCAAUAGUUGUAGCUCCAAGAACCGGACCACUGCUUCCAAUACCAAGAAUGAGAAUACGCUUGACUCCUACGACCAAUAGCCAUCGAUCGAACUAUGGAAAAUCUUGAUUCCGGUUUCCCGAUGGCACCAAGCAUGGGCUUUAGCGGAGAAUCAAAACUUCCAUCUCACUUAGCUGCAAAAGUCGUGACUCUGAUUUUCCCUAAGGAAACUCGAUUUCCAAUGAAAAAAGUGUAUCUCAUAUAGCUGCAAAAGUCGUGUUUUUCUCGUUUCCCGACUACGGAUUCUUUUUUUAGCUUUAUUUUUCGAUCAAGUUGAUCUGCAAAAGUGGUACUUUCGGAAGGAGGACAGUCAAGGAAAGAUCAAGCUAUGGAUGGAGGAGCUCUACUCUAGAGAAGGUCUGGAAAGGAUGGUCGGCCACUAAGAAAGCUAUGCAACUACAAAGGUUAUACGAACCCAUCUCGAUAAGGAAACCAAUACCAGGUACCCUGGCCCAAUUGAGAGAAGGAAAGAUCAAGCUAGGAAUUCAUAAGUAGAGCUAAGAACCAGUAGGUUAUAUGCGAACCUGUAAAGCAAUGGAUGGCUCCUAUCCUUGCAUGCACACUCAAAGGGAUCCCAGAAACGUAUGAACCGCCAAUGGUGACUACUUGCCCUGCCCGGCAAGAAAGAAAAGAGAUGACCCGGCAAUCAAGAUACAAGAUAAGAGAACGCUGACCCGGAAAGCUAUGAACCGCCAAUGGUGACUACUUAGGCUAGAUUCUCACCGGCACCAGAGAGAAUAGAAUAGUUGUCUGUGUCUGUCUCUUUACCGGAUCCCCUAUACCUAUCCUGUCCUGCAAGCGGCAAGAUAUCCAGAACUAGGCGCUGCCUCGCAUUGCACCUGUCAAGCUUAUACCUGUUACGGGUCGCUCAUCUAGAUCCGGAUAAGAAGAACUUUUCCCUCAUCCUCUUCUUUAGCACUGGCCAUAGCUCCAUCCAUCGAGGGAUGCCGGAAGUCAAUCGAUUCUCGCAACAUAAGAGAACCAAGUCUACGAGCACACAGCACAGGGCUUCACCCAAUCUGUUUCUCAUCCUGUCCUGUUCCUGUUUGAUUGAAAGCACUGGCCUGGAUAUAAGGAUGGUUAGAUGAAAGCCAAGCCCAAAACACAAGGUGACUUAGAGAGAUAUCCAGAAGAACCAAUAACCCUAAACGGAACAAGCAAGGGAAGCUUAGAUCUAUCCUGGACUUGACUUGUUUCUUAGGUUGCUGUUUCCUUUCCGUAAGGUUCGAUCAUGUCACUUAUCCCGGCGAAAUCCUAAUUCGUAUGCUUCUAAGGAUAGGUGCAAUCGACGGUAAAGACACAUCACGAGAAGAAUCCUUUCAAUUGAGACUAUGAUGUUUCCAUCCUUUCCAAUAAAAAGAAGCUAGUCUACCAGCUUUCCUAACAACCAACACAAGAAAUGUAGACGAACACAGAAAUGAGAUAACUAGAACGAUGAAAUCCACGGAAGAAAGAAAGAAGCCUUCCCUGAAACCCGGGCUAUUCAACUGUCUUUCCUCGAAACAAGAGACUAGGAAGUAUUAAGAUUCCAAGAUUCAUUUCAGCUUUUUCCAGGGAGCAGCUGACCUGAGACCAAUCCUUUUCUUUGAUUCAUACAACCCGCCCUGAAACCCCUCUGUCAAUAAAAUAAAGCCAAGCUAAGAAAUAGAGAUUAGCAUCACUGUAGAAAGCACUUUCCCUAUCCCUCGGAUUAUAUGUCAUUAAUAAGUACAGUGUCGUGCGAUCAUGAUGUCAUUAGAAGUGGAGAAUCAAAAACCACGCGUCAGAACCAAGGAAAUAAACUUCGAAAGCAAGGUCAAUAGACUCACUUCUACUUCGGAAAGAAUGAUAAGAUCCAAGGAAUGAAUGAUAUCCGGAUUCGCAACCUUUAAGGUUACUAGAUGGCAGUAGGUCAGAUAUCAAUCAAGGCAAGGGUGAAACCACUCUUUUAGAUGCACGCUCUACCCAACUCUACUCGAAUGGUGUUGGUGGAUAGGUACCCGGGCUAAGAAACUGGAAUGGAAAUAUUAGAAAAGGAAACCUAGGAUAGGAACCCGCAAUGGAUGGACUUGAAACCAAUGGAAGUGCCGCCCUGGUCUUGCUAAAGACACAUCACGAGUACGAGAAUCCAUAAUAGAGCUGUUGCUCUAGCACCAACGUCAACCUUACCGAACCUGGCAAGAUAUCAAGAUUUCCAAUCAAGCAAGGAACCUGCUCCAUCCAAUAUCCUUUCUGGAACAGAGACACCCAAAAAAGCUAGGAGCCCACUAUGCUAUGCUUAGACCUGGCCUGGAGACAUCACAAACCUCGUCAGAAACCGGCGCACCUAUGACACGAAUCUCCCUAUGAACCAAUGGUUGUCUUUCCUAAAGCUUACUACUUACCCGGGAAGGUAUACGCGCACAAAGAAAGGGAACUACCUCCAAUCCGUUAAACUUACUAGGAUGAAUGUGCCGGUCAAGUAUACGAUGCGCCUAAAGGAAACAACCAUUCCAGCGCCGAACUGACCUGUAGGGAAGUGUACCAUCAUCCUGUUUCUAAGGUAGAAGUAGUGCCAGGCUUGUCAAUAUGUCUAGAGUAGCACACAAGAAGAGAAUCCCAGAGUAGAGGUUGGAAUAGAGAUUCGCAGACAGGAAUGAAUGCGGAGACCAUGUAGAGUAUCUGGAAUCCUUGUAGGAAAGUAAAGCCCCGGUCUGUAAUGAUAGACAGGAAAGUAAAAGAAAUGAAUGUGAUAGGGAUAGGCGCGUAGUAAGUAAAUGUAGUGGUGCUCUAAGGUGGGAGUAACCCCUUUUGUUGACUUAUUGACUCGUCUUCCGGUUAAAGAUCGGAAAUCAACUCCUCCACAUUUCUGUUAGAGGUACGAGUAAAGGUUCGUUCAUAUCUGAAAAAGUGCUGUCUCCUCGCCAUAUUAUAGCCCCGGGGGCCGAAUUAGAAAGAAGGAUGGAGCCCUUCGUUCUGAAAAAGAAGCAAAAGAAGGAAUAUACCUUGACUCAAGGUGGCACACUAUCUUUUUUCUCGCUGUAACGGAAAUGGAAAUGUAGUUGUCUUGGAAAAGUGGGGAUUCCCUAUCUGAUCGAAUCAAAUCUGACAGGCACGACCUGCCGUGCCGCUUUUCUGCUAAAAUAAAAGCAACUAACUUACUUCUGUACGGUCGAGAUAGAGCCGCAGAGAUUCUCUCGGCAGCAGAUAUUGGACAUGAGGAUUGUUGAGGCACCUUUCAUCCUCUCAGCAAGUGAAAUUAGUUCGCUGGCUAUUGCUCUAAGCAUUUCCGGGUUCCUAGGUGGAUGAGUCUCAGGCUUAUGUGGGCGAACAGGCCGAUAGCUAACUUAGGAGCAUAAAUAAGAAAGAACCUAUCCGCAAUCAUCUCCCGGGGAUAAAGGACAAUAUCCUACCUCUACCACACCGCCAGCAACAACAUUCGCUUCAUCCAAACCCACUGCUUGACUCGAACAAAAGCCCAGCUAAUUCAUCUAACAAUGGAAUGGAUAUUCAGGAAGUCACAUACACUCGGGAUAAUCGAUAUCUUGCUAUCCUGAUUGGAGUGGAGAAACCUCUAGUUUGAGCACAGGCCUUCCUUCCUAAAUUAAAUAUGGUCAAUUAGCCCACUUUUGGAAGCUUAAUCCGACGUUCCCACUCUUUCUUCAAGCGGAAAUGAAACUUCUGGAUGGAAUGCAUAUCUCAAUUCAGUGAUAAUAUCCCUAAUCCCUCUAUCCCUUCCAGAACUCAUCCAAGCAAGAAAACGGAUGCGCUAGACGGCCGCUAGAAAACAUCUUGACCUUGCGGUUUGUGUUUCCUUUCAUUCGCCUUUGUCUGGUAACUGCUUGCUUUAGCUGUUCGGCUAUCUAGUUCGCGCAGUCUCAGUUGGUUGAUAGUCCAACAUUCCAUCCUUUGAUUUAAGCGGAAAAAGAAGCUACUCCGCUUCGCUCUAGUUCGUAGGAAGAUACGCACACACAGCACAGGGCUUUCUCUGUCUAUCAACUAAGGUUAGAAAUCGAUUCUAUAAGAAAUGAGCACUCAGAACUCUAUCUGGAAGAUCGAGGAUAAGCGAUCAAGAAAAGUACUGGCUGGCUUUGGUACGAGUAGUUCCAAGGCUUUCUCUUCCUUCAAACGAGUGCCUCUACUUUAGGGAUCGGAGGGAUCUAUCUCUAUUUAUGGAAGUCUUCCCAAGGGUAGGAGACUAUCAAUCGGAUACUUUCCACUGACCGAGCUACUUCUCCAUCUCUGCUUUCUACUGCCCGAGCUACUUCUCCAUCUCUGAAGGAACUGGCUUGUCUGGCAGAGGGAACUCACUGGCUGAGAGAACUCUCUUUUCUUAGGAAUUCCUCCCAAGCAAGGAUCAGAUACUGCUAUACUAUAUAUUUUAGUACUCGAUUUUGAAAUGUUGCCCUUGCUUCUUGACCAGAUGAGGUCUCUUUUAGCCCUUCCUGUCGCCAUGAUUUCGAGAAAAUGUGACGGCUAGCUCAGGAUGAGGAGGCAUCUGAGAAUGCACUAAGAGCUGAACAAGUGCCAGAACUGCAAUGCUGCCGCAAUGUAAUGACAAGAGUGAGAGGCUGUGUAGCUGGAGAUAAAAGCUGAUGAAGGUUAUCCCACAAGAAAAUACGAGAUGAUUCAUUCCUCUCUUUUUGUAUACUAAGGCAAGGAUCGUUUGCUCCUAAAAGCGGUUGUGAAGAACUGAAUUGCCCUUUUACAGCCCAGCUUUCCUUAAAUGGGUAGCCCCCCGCAUCACAGAGAAAAGCAUAGAUGAGGAUUGCGCUCAUGCUAGCCCGAGAUACAGAUCUGAAUCGGGUGCCGGGUCAGGCUGAUCCAUCCCUGCGGCUUGACUUGUUCUUUGGUUGAUUGGAUCUCUUCUGUUGCGAGAAUAGAACCUAUCCCUUUCUGGAGGGUUUCUUUCUACGAGAGGGUUGCCGUUCUUAUCCAGAUCUAGAAUUGUGACGUGACCUUGGUGAUCGAGAUGUGUUCGAAUAGUGCUAGCCCGUUCUGCGAAUCCAUAUUAGCUCUCUUCAUACCAUACGUUUCACUUGAGGGAGGACUAUUCAGAGUGGAGAUCACUGCCCGGAAACGAUGGUGGAACCAGUUACCUUUACAAAACAGAGUGAGAAACAGGGCGAUACCAUUCACACUUAGAACUUCUCUAUUCGGACCACUUAACCAAUGUGAGGCACCACUCUUACGCUAUUUCAUUGCUAUUCUUUGAGAAAAGUUAUCCUCAUAUAGUUCGAUAGUGCUAAACGGCUAGUUAUUAUGGUUGCUAGAAGCAGGACCCGAGAUUGGCGGGAGUACCUCAACUGUAUGUAUACGAUAGAAAUCCCGCGAAAUUACUCUGGCACUUUUUUCCGCGACCCGUACUCAGGCACUGGCACCAUUUCCAUGAAUUGCUGUAGAGUGAGGAUUCCGUGUUUCUCCAAAAUCUCCGGAUCUAUCUGUUAAGAGACCGCUUCUCAGUCUGCCUCGAACGGACCCGUACCUGUGGCAACUAAAGACUUCCCAAGUCAUGUCCACGGAUAGCGGCGAUUGCCCAUACCCCUUUGAUGCGAGAGUUCGACUAAAAAAAAGCAGACAGACUGGCACCCAACCAAGUAAUAAAAACGGAGACACCUUUCGAUGCUUCAACCACUCCUAUUUUCACAUCUCGAAUCCCUCUAGAUAGUACGCCAAUAUGAGAUUUACCGGACUGACUCUUUCCUUUGUUCAUAGAUCGAUCUAAUUACGUAUAUACAGGCUCCGCACCUUGAGGCCCAGGGAACGGAACGGCUGAGAGAGAUCUCUUACCCCACGCACGGCCUAUCUAAUAGAGUGAUGGCGAAGCUCGCUUACUGCUUUGAGAGAGAGUUUCUAUGGCUUCGCUGGCCCAGCGCACCAUACAUUCACAUAUGGCUCUCGGAUGAUCCCUUUCUAGCUUUUUGCUCCAUUAUAAUUAUAGAAAAUGCAUCUUCGAACAACGCUUCGCGCCAACGCUUUCAACUACUUGCUUCACUUUACUAGUGCUAUUUCUCGUCUAGCGCAUCCCGAUAAAAGGAUCACUUAUGUUCUCAAUUUCUAGAACCGGCUCCUUUACAGUAGUAACCAUAGUUGGAGGUAGUUCCCUUUCUUUGUUUGAUAGGAGGACCUGGAACGGCGAUCUCCCUACAUCUCUCUUUCCUACAAUGAAGGAACCCGUGCUGGCACCAAGGGGAUACGGAUUGGUUGUAAGCAUGACUAAUGUCUGGAAAUCCCUCCAAUCAUGAUAUCUUACUUAGCAGGCCAAGUUGGGUAUGAAGGAGCGUGCUAAUAGAAUCGAAUACUUUAAAGUACUUUUUCCUUGAUUUGACUGUCUUCUUUCUGCCCGGGGGGGGAAAGCAUCACUAGAGAUAGGACUACUGGAACGAGAUAGGAGCUACUGGCACUGUUCAGGGCUAUUGGUUGGCACAACUUGACUCAACUCACUAUGAGAUUCCACCUUUCAGAGUGAUAUCGAGCCAGCGAUUCCUCCUGAUGGCGGGCAUUAUGUUAUUUCAUAAGCAAAGCAACAACAACCCGUACUCGGAAGGAUUGAUUGAUCAUAGAGGUAGAGUGGCCUUUCAAAUAUUGGGCACCCGAUACAAAAGUAGAGUAGGUGGUUGGUUCGCUAGGUAUUAGUCGAUUAGCGAGGAUUGCUUGUUCCCUUAAUCAAUGAUAAACUCGAGCGAGUCACUUAACUUAGAUGCAACUCACUUCCGUGUAAAGCAUAAAGACGAAUCUAAUUUGAUCGUUGCUGCUAGCCAAAGAAAUGAUUGUCUCCUUGCUUCACAUGUUCUAUGAAUAUUUUUCUGGAUGAGCUAAAUACAAGUUUUUGCAAUUUAUAUUCUAAAUGAAUGAAACGAUUAAUAGAUUCCUCAAUAUGCUCGUAACAUUAGUCGUUACUCGCUCGUUAGGAGUUACUCAUUGGAAUCUAGAAAUGACAGAGGUGAUCCUGUAUCACAUCUCGUAAACUGGCCAGGUUACCGGCUCCACGGCCCUCCUUUGGAUGGCGCUACUGUGGUGCACUUUGGGCCCCCAAUCUUUUCGGAGAUGUGCCGGAACUUCUAUCAAUCAAGAAACCCAAAAUAGAAGGAAUGACAUAUUUUUUAAGUAAUGAGCGAGUCACUAAAAUAGUUCCGUGACGAGCAUAUGACGAGUAUGUUUUCGAUGAAUUCUAUCGAAUGUGACGAGUAUGUUUCUAUUCUAUGUAAGUGAAUUCGAGAUAUUUUUCUGAAUCUAUCCACUGUCACUGAUUGAGCGGAACAGAUAGGAGGAACUCCCAUUUUCUUGUUUUUUAUUUUGAGGAACUGCACUUAUCAACAUUGGCGCAGAUAGAAGAACAUUUCUCUAUGAUUUAUGAUUUUAUGGCUUGAUGAAUUCUAUCCUUAGAUAUGAUUUUCUUCAUGCGGAGCAGAUAUGAGUUCGUAGGCAAUGUUACGAAUCUAGUUUGCUAGGCGAGAGCUACUUUGUUCUCAGCUUGCAGCACUAUAUAGAAUAGACGACGGAGCGGCUACUUCUCUCUGAAAAAGCCAAUGAGUUGUUACGAAUAUAACCGGUUUCCCCACCUAGGUUUCUUUUAGUGGCAUGGCACUCCAUCUUUUCUUCUUUAAGAUCUUCGUCUUCCACACUAUAAUAUAAUAAUCAAGGAUAAGAGUUGUAAUUCAUGAGUCACUUCUAUACUAUACUAAUCCCUGCUCGUCCCUAGAUUCGGAACAACCAAGGCAAGUAUAAUGAAUAGAAUAUAACCGGGAGUUCCUCAUGAAUUAGUCGUUUCUCGCUUGAAAAGAAUAGAAAAGAGAAUAUAAAGCCAGCAUCUGAUUCUGCUACAAAGCAUAUCCAUCCUCCUACCAUACCAAGCCAGAGUUCCUUCGUUGCGAAAUCGAAGGAUAAGAGUUGUAACGUGACGAAUAUAAGAAGGCGGGAUCCUACCCUCCACUCACUUCUCAAAGGACAAGACAGAGGCAUUCCAAUAUUUUUUAGAAUAUUCGGAAACUUACAAGAAAAAGAUACAACUGAACUUAGAACACUUAAGACAACACUUAGAACACGGAUCCCAUGCAUUCAUCCUUAGCUCCACUCACUGUGGCAUGGCACUGGGUGAAGAGAUGUGUUCGAAUAGUAUAGUAUAGUAUAGUACAGUACGGAUUCACUCAUGCUUCUGUUUCCACUGUCAAGUUGCGAGGGACAAGACAGAUCGACUAGACUGUGUUGAACGAAUCACGUAUAACGAAUGAGUAUAAAGACGAAUUGGUAUGAUUCCCUACUGCCAAAGCUGGACAGAUAGAUUUCUUUCUUCUCGCUCGUAUCCACUGAUGAUUCCUAUCUCGGUCUAGGCAGGCCUCUCUCGUAAGCACCACUUGUAGAUGCCAAUGGAGUGAGUAACACUUAAUGUAUGUUACGAACAUAAGAGACUCAGUUCUGUUCUAUAAGCAAAGCAAGAAAACUACCACUUCACUGGAGGGACAAGAGUGAUCUUUAGCCCGCAAAAAGAAAGAUCUUCGUACAGGCCCAAUCUCUAGAGUAGAAGAUUAGAUGCUUGACUCCGUUGAUACGAGAUACAAGUGUUCCGAUACGAUACGAGCUCCAAUGCUAUGACUAUGAUAUGAUACUUGGGGUAUUCCACAAGAUGGAUCGAGCUAGCCAUUCCUCGCAAGAGAUUCUAUUCCUCGGACAGGAGAUUGGAUUCCCAACAGAACCACAUCUCGAUCUGGCUAACAAGCUUGUACAGACUUCUCCUAGCAAGAUAUCCCUUGAAUGUAAUCCGUGGCCUAUCUUUGACAUUGGUGAGGGACAGCUGCAGAGCUGUGACGGAAGAAAUCUACUACUUUGUUUAGUUUAGUUUAGUAAGUAUUUAGUAUUCACUUGUUAGAUUAGAAAGGUAGGCCUACUCCAAAGAGGGGUUUAGGCCAGCGUCCAUUCUCAAGAUACGAGUCAAGAGUUGACUGCCAAUGGCAUUCCUCGCAACAGAAAUGAUCUCAUUCAUGAAAUUCUUUCAAAUCUGUAUACGGGCAUCUUGUGGAAAUAUUGCCAGGGAGCACUAGGGAAAGCCGAUACCAGCCUCUUCUUUGACAAGCAACCUCUUCUUUGGCAACGGGAUGGAUCCUAUUCUUCGCAACAGGUGGGCUUCCUCACAACAAGUACAGGCCAUGCCAUUCUCUAGACCCAUCCACAUCCAAUACGAAAGAGAUCCCAUAUGAAAGUGGAGCGCCAAUAUCACUCGAAUCAUGGACAUCCCCGGAUUCCUUCUUGGAAAAUAUUCCAGCGGGAAUAUCAAACAAACGAUCAAUCUACUUGGCCCAGGACCCAGACAUACAACCGCUUCCCCAGAACCGCAGAGAAGAGAUUGAUACUUAUUCAUUGAAUACUGCAACAGAUCCCACCUGCAGGCAAUGAUAUCAAUAUUCCCAAUCGGGGACCGCGCAUCUUGUUGUUUUGUUCAGGACUAGAGCACUUGAAAACUAUCUACCUACAGGGUUCCUCGGGUCUCUUCUCAGGUUCCUUGCUGUACUGAAACAUCUGCUAGCAAAGUGCCUGGGGAGUUUACUGAGUAAAAUUCAUAGUUUUUUAAACGUGAUAUGCAAACAUCUCAUAUUCCAUAGUUGAGAAUAGGGGACUUACGAAUCGCCAUUCAGUUAAAACCAUGGGGAACUUAAGUUUGAAUCCCCAAGCCGUCAAGAGGUAUGUGCCCGUUGACAGGUACUUUAGAAUUGCCUAGCCUAGCAGUUUCCAUACUUGAGAAUACCCAAUUCGUUACUCUUCCUUUAGAUUAGAAGAGAACUCACCUAUUAGUUUAGUCCAUCAAGUGCAAGUCUGUAUCCGUGCAAGCAAGUAUGAUUUCGAGCAUAUCCCGUCUGUUGAAGCCCGUGAUAAGAGUGUAUGUUCAGAGGAGGUGAGGGAAACCGUUGUCAAAAGAAUAUGCUCCUUAGGCCAUGAAUGCUUUCUUGAUAUUCGGAACAAAUGAGUCACGACUAAUGAAUGAGGAACGUAUAAUGAACGAGUCACGUAUAAUUCAUGAGUAACUACUAACGAGCGAGUAACGACUAAUGUUACGAGCAUAUUGACGAAUAGAAAGACGAAUAUAACCGGUAGUUCCUCAUUGGAUUAGCGAGGGGUACUUGACUUCCAGUAGGAACCGUGGAAUGCCUUAGGCACUCGUAUCGUAUCAUUGGACUGGCCUAAAACGAAAGAUACAGUGAAGUCUGGACUGGGUGUGAACUCCUCUAUAUUCCCAAAGCAAGGCUUGUCCCGGAUAGGAGAUACGCUUUCUUGGAAUUGUUGGGGUUGACUUGGGCUUGGGAGAAGCAUUUUAAGUGUGUAAUAUCGGAGUUGAUAUGAUUGUCUACUCUUGAUGAGAUUGGACUGCCCGAAGAUCAGAAGAAAGUGUUAGCUGUAUUUCAUUUCAUUUCCACAGAAUGGUAAGUUCAUAGGUUGUAGUUCACUGGUUUGGUUCGAAAGAAGAACGUAUCGCCAAUAGAGCGGUGUCGUCACCUGGAUAAUAGCAUUCUUUCAUUGGACUAAACUAAUUAGUGUCGCCAUGGGAAUAAUAAUCUCUUUAUUCGGAAUUCCUGGUCAAUAAUGACCCUUCGGGACAGAUGUGGGCUUUUUCGCAACUGUACAGGCCAUGCCAUUCUCCAGAUAGAUCCGAGUAGAGACGAUACGAGAGUAGAGUUCAUUCAUCUUAGUAAUCCGAGGAUGUCCAAUCUUUCCCUGGAAUUCAGUGUGAGGUGAGCUAAAGAGAUAGAUCCCCACUCCCAUAGGAAAUCCCCCCCAUGGGGGCGGGAGGGAUUUUCUAUAGGAACACUUGGGGAUGGGGAGAGACGCACCAUGCUUUGGUAAAGGAUAGAGAGACUAAUUUAUAUUACCAUAGUAUAGUAUAGUAUAGUAUAGUAGCGGCCGAGGACUUGCAUCUAUUUCAACUAGACGUGAAUACGGUCUUUCUCCACGGCAACAACGAGGAGGAGGAGAUCCACAUUUAGAGGGCGAGGGGUUCGAAACUCGGGGAGGUCACAUAUGGUUGUGGAAGAAGAGCUUGUACGGGCUCCGAGGUCAAAGAAAUUCGACAAGUUCUUGGUCGAUCGAUACCUUUCCAUCCCGGGGCAGAUCUCCAGAUCCGAUACGAGUGUAGAUACUUUACUCCCUUCUUCCUCAGUGAGUAACGUAUAAUGUUACGAACAAAGGAAGUGAGUCUAGCUCCACUCCGAGGGACAAGACGGAAAUCUUCUACCGAUGCCAACUGCAAGGCGUGCUUUCCUAUGAACCGAUUCUUAGACUACAGAUCUCAUCCCAACAGAAACGAUCUACUUGUACGAAAGAAAGAGAGAGGAAAGCACUUCUAAAGCGGUGGGCUCUUGUAAGUGAAAACUUUUCGGAUAAAUAAAACCCAUUUUUUUCAACCAUCUCCACGAGCACAGUUCCUGUCGUUCUAACACGAAUAGUGGGAAGCUUCAUCCGUUGCUUUCCUGGUUGAUGAUAGAUCUCACUGACCACAAUGCGCCUAUCUCCCUGGUAAUUCCCAGGGACAAGUAAAGUUACCUGAAAUCCAACAGUAAAACAAAGGUAGUUGGAAGUUAGUAAAAAUAUUUUCCAUCAGGCUAAAAUUUAGGAUGACAGAAUAUACCGUCACAUUAUAAGGAGCUUGAUUCCCAUAGGGAAGCCUGUACUUGUCAACAAUCUCAAACUCUACCCAGAAAUGCUUGCCCUCUUCGUCACGGAAGGUCCUGGAAUCAUGCUUAACAUAAAAACCUUCACGGUUGUACCGAUAUGCAGCAUUAUUCCUUCCUUGGUUUGAUGAUCUCCAUUCCUACCAUCAAAUUGGAAUGAUAUGGUUAUCUCGUUUUCAUGCUCACCUCUAUGUUUAAACAUCAAAAGAAUAAAAAGAUCAAAGGAGAUAUGUAAGUCUGAAGUAUCAAGCCAGCUUUAAGCAGAAGUUGCAAUGGGUUCACCAAAAGAUCUAUCCGACUUAAGUUUAAAUACUGUGAAACAAAAUGAAGACAUGACUACAAAAACGCAUUGCCUACCUUGAGUGGAUGGUGUGGUGAGGGAGUGGAAAAGCUAAAGACGUUGCCGUUCAUAGUAGUAACAAUAAGAUCAAGAUCGUCUCCGCCAUCCACAUUGUCAGCCAAAACCAUGGUGUACCUGUCAGUCAAAGUGCAAAGAAGUGAGCGCACUUUAUUGAUGUAAGUACAGUACCCAAAAAUGCUACCAAAAUCUCGCAGAGCAGAGAAUAAAUUGCAUACGAGGUCUCUCCAAUGUCAACAACAUCUGCGCUGCCACUUGAGCCCUCGAUCAAAUCCAAAGAAAGAAAUAGGAAUACGAGUCCUCAUCCCGGGUCCUAGACUAGGGAGAAUGGAAAGAUUUCUACGGAGGCUUGUUUAAAGUAAAGUAAAGAAGGGCCAUUUUCGAAUGCUUAUCUAGAUAUUUCUAGAAUCCACCCGCUGCCAGGCCAGGAAAUAGUGCCAGUCCACUUUUCCAUCUCUAUGAAAGAAACGGAAGCGGAAGUUUGCACUUGAGCCUUGUCUUGCCAGGUCAGUUCGGCGCUGGAAUGGCAUUGUUCAUAUCUCUCUCGGGUGGGCCUAUUCCCACUUCCGCAUGGUUCCUUCUCCACUACUUCUGGUGUCUAAUUUGCAUGGUAUUGGUGCCCGCCAUGUUCCUUGCUAUUUUAGCUGAGCUGUAUUGACUCGCCAGGAAAGGUUUAACGCUCACUUCUAGUACUAGAAGUUCCAGUAACAGCAUUAGAGUUUCGAAGGGAAUCGGGUUAUCAUCGACUUUCUCGCUUUCGACCUCUCAUUUCCCCAUGUCGGAUAAGUCUCAAUUCACUGGAUCGAGUGAUAAAAUCCGAAUUGUCAACCAACUGUGAGUGGAGUGCAGCUACACGAAGAACAGAAGGAAGGGUACACGAAGAACGGAGUCAAGCUCUUGUCGUCUGGUUUCAGGGCCAGGGCUGGGCAUAGAUCUGGUAAUGGAAUGGUAACUGGCCUUCUUUUGCCACUUGGCGAGAGCAAGUUUUCUUAUCUUCGUACUCGUUUCGAGGGUGCCAUUGGGUUGCGUACUUUUGUCCCAUGGCGAGCUGCACUGGUUCAAAUCCAUUUUCUGGUUGGUUUGCCAUCCUAGUGAUGACGAAAAACACGGGCAUUUGUAAGUAGUUGAGUGCGCAUGCCAGCUGUUCUGUUAAAUUCUCCGCAUGAUCUUGUGAUUGAUUAUCCGGAUCUAGAACCAGCUACGGGUGGGGUCUCCGCAUUCCAGAUAGCUUGACUUCCAACCGGCGUGCAAUACUUGACUCGCCAUCUCCGGCUGAGGUUUCUGUGUUUGAUUUGAUUUGAAUAGUAGAAGCUUGUUUCAUAGGAUAGGAUUCGAUUUGCAGGCAGGCAUGCUCCGGGAAAGUGCCGGUUAUUCUCAUGUUCCGGAUCUCUUUCUUGGUCUUGGGUAAGGCGGCAGGCUCAGCAGGGGUAUAUGAUUUCGAAUAGAACCAGUGAUCAGUUUCCGUUUCGAUCCACAAAGGAUGCCAUGCCGGUUAGAAUAUAGCCAGUGAUGAACCAGAUCUGGAUCUAGAUGAGUUACCUUGCUUCAGGACUGGCAGGUUUCUUGAAUCAUAGCUUACCUAUCCCAUAUUCCGCCGCUUGAAGGGUUUAGGUAGGGUUUCCUAAAUGAAGCAGCAGAAGAUGGCCUAGCUUUAGAAAAAUCAAGUACGGAAGUCCGCCUCGGAGUCCGAAGAGAAGAACAAGUGCUGCUCACUUAGCUGGAAAAAAAGUACUACCUGCAUUCCUGCACUAAAGACUAUUUGCGUAUCAUAAUUCAGUGAAUCUUGUUUUUUUCUCCGAUCCAGCCUGCAACCGGGAAACUGAUACACACUCGAGACUGUUCAUUUCACGAGCUGGCACACUUACUUCACCACGACACGACGGAUCCCAACAGAAAUGAUCUACUGCGUAUGAUCCUGGUUUCGUACCAAUCCUGACUACUGAUUCAUAUCAUACAAGUCAACCUGUGCCACUAGAUUCACCUCACUUCGCAUCCCAUCUGCGAGUUCUUCUUCUUCGGCUAUUUCCUCCACUGCAGAGAAUUCGAUACCGAUACGACCAAUAGCAGUAGCAGCAUUCCGUUUGUGUAGCUUGACUCGAACGAAUACGCCUUUCCUCGAACUCGGCAAUCCAGAGACAGAGAAGAGAAUGAGAUCGAUCAAGAGCAGGCAGCUUUUCCCUCAACUUAUAGCUAGAAAGAAAGCCAACCUGGAAACGGAAGAAGUCCAAAUCCGGAUUCCCAUUUCACUAAGAAAAUCUGCUUGAGGACAAAAAACACGGUAAAAUGGAAAUGCAGAAGUCGCUCCAACCCAGGCCCGUAGCUUAAGAUCGGCUUCAAGUCCAUUGGAUGCCGGUGGAUGGAUAGAUAGUUGGAGGUGAGCGAGUAGCGGCAGUAAAGAAAGUAUCGGUCAGUGAGUAACUAGACUAGAGCAUGUGUCCAGCGCCUAACGCGCUUAUCCUCUGUUGGAAUCGAUGGCCCUAAUGGUAACGGGACAUCAUGAGGCGUCUGUCUAAAUUGACUUGGUUUCUGAGAGAGUGGAGCGGGAAUAGCGGAUCCGCUAAAACAAGAUCUUUAAAAGUGUUCAGUGCAUCCAAAUCUGAACCUGCGAAACCUUUCUAUCUUUGUUCUUCCCACUUUCGCGCUUUCGAACUACUGGUUAUGUCAUCACCUUUCUUUGAUGUUUACUCUUUUUGGUUAGAAGAUCAGCUGCUAACCUAUUUUCAUUUCUAACUUACCACCUGUAUCUCCGGAAACGAAAACCAGAAAUGACAAUCCUUUCAACUGUCUGUACUAAAUUACUUUGUACGAAUGCACAUCUCGGCCGUCGGGUAGCUGCUCACCAUUUAAAAGUAUAUAUCCGUUGUUUCAGAAAUGGAAUUGCUAUUCUCGAUUCAGACAAGACACUGAUUUGUUUACGAAACGCUCUUGAUUUUGUAGGAUAUCUCAUUUGUCAAAAAAGCCGUUCCUUCUUUUUAAAGACGAAGAAUUUAUUUAUAUAUUCGAUAAUGGCAAAAAUGUGGAGCUGUAUCAAUGAUUCUCAAUGGAAGAUCGGGGCUUUUUUUACCAAUUCUUAUGCUAAUCCUAAGAAAUUCCGUUCAAGAAACAAUAAAAUCUAUUUUGGGUUGAACCGACAACCUGAUUGUGUGGUUAUUCUUCAUCCAGAUAGAAAGUCAUCGGUCAUACUGGAAGCUGAUCGAUCACAAAUACCGAUUGCAUACUUAGUGGAUUCCACGAUCCCGUCCCAUAAAAGAUUCACUUUUACCAUCCCAGCGAAUGAUCCUUUACGGCUGCUCGUAUAUCUAUUUCGUAAUUCGAUCACGAAAACUGUGAGGCAAAAAAGAACAGCAAUCAACGGGCCGAGAGCGGGAGCACGAGGAGCGAGUACCCUUCUGGGUAUUCGCACCUACUCUGCCGCCUCUCCUAAGUGGAAGAAGAAGUUUUUUCGCUUCAAAAAUUGGAUUGUCAUGAAUCGUAAAUUUUUUUGAUGCUUCUGCUUCCUGCCUCGUGUUGGUUGCAAUGGUAUUUUUGCUUUUUUGAUCUCGCGGAACUCUUUCUGGCGCUCCGGAAGGCUCUCAUUGGCGCACUCGUAAUGUGGCUCAGUUUUCUAUUCCAGCUCCUAUGGGAGCAGAGUGCUACUCUGGGGAUGACCCAAGGAGAAAGUUGGGGUUCUUCCGAUAAACUGCCUUCAAAGGUGGGGGGGCAAAAACCGCUUCUAAUGGAAGCGGGGGAGGGAUCCACCCAAGAGGGGCGCAAAGGAAAGGCUCCUUUAGAUUUUGAAUUCGAAAUGGAGGUUCGGUCCGCCCCAGAUUUUAUAGAUCCGCCACUCAGCCCUACGGAGGGCGAACGGUUGAGCCCAACCACUGGCCCUUCGCCAGAAGGGGGUGAUCAUCCCCAUGACAACACGCCACCGGUGGCGGUGGAACCGGCCCCACUUCCUGAGACAAAUCCGACUCGGGGGGAGGGUUCCUUAAAAAGGCAUCCACAUCCAUAUGUAGAGGAUAUGGAUCAAAAGUUGGAGGAUUGCCGAAAAAAACGAAAAGCCCAAGAGUGGGGGGAUCUUAUUUCAGGAAUAGAAACCAAGGAGAAAAAGCGAGGCAUUGAGUCUCAAAUUAUAGAGGAAAACCACCGUUUUUAUAGUAUGUGUUGUGAACAUUUUAGGCAAAGAAUGCCCUUGAUGAUUUUACAAAAAGAAUCUGAUCGCGAGGAUAACAAGCGGGAAAAGCUUUUUUCCACUAUUUUGCGAAGCCAAGGAAAGGAGCAUUCUCUUGAAAACCUUUUGCAACUAAGGGAGGAUUUGAGGGACCCGGCGGCCUGUGAGGCACUCCGCCCCAUUUUUCGGGAGUUGAGUAAUAAACUAUAAAGUCGUACCUAAUCAAAAUGGGGUGGGGCAAAUAUCUUUCCUGGUGUAGGUUUCUCAUAGGAAACCGAGGCCCCUACUUUCCUUCUAAGGGUAGGUAGGGGGAAAGAAGAGUGGGUUAGCGGGCUUCUUUCACUUGUUACUUUUCCUAAGAGUCACCCAUACUAGAACGCACACGGAAGAUAUGGCUUCACUAUGGAUUUCCUUUUCGUGCUAUAUGUCAAGCGGACCAGCAUUUGAAAGUGCUGCGAAUCGAUGAGAUGCCUUGCCUUCUCCCAGGACUAGACUGUCAUCGAAUUGGAAGUGUAGGAAGCAUUCUUGUGCGGGUUGUUUUGAGCUUCCUUGCUUUCUGGGGAGUGAGUCUAGUUGAGUGAUUCUGCGCCUCUCUUUCUCUUUAGGUGCAGGUCCAGUUGAUGCUGGAUAGUAGUGGUAUGCAUGUGAACACUCGAGCUUCUAUCGAUACUGGAAGCAGUUCCUCGGGAAACAUUUCAGAGCAGGGGCGGGUGCAGGUCUUCAUAUAGCUACUAGUUUAUCCUUUGGCCAGAUAGAUCUGAUCUAUACUAGUGAGCUUGUGAAGGUCUCCGGCGCGAGGUAGAUGAAUGAAGAUGAGGAAGAUGAAUCCCAGCACUCGUUCCAACAGAGCUAUUAGUUUUGGGCAGGCGAAGAAGCAGGUAUUGGAGUAGAGAAAGUGCCGGAACUAUGCCUUGUUCGCAUCCUUCUAAUCUAGGCCAGGUUUCCAAAUAUGGUAGUCUCAGCCAAGUGACCAAUUCGUACAGUCCAUUCCUUCGGGCAGGCCAGAUUCGGAUCCAUUGAGGCCAGGGUCCGGUUCCGCUGUUGAGCUUGCGGGGAAAGAAUUAUUAAAAAGAAAAGCGAUCUAUCUCUAUCGCAUCCGAGGAAGGCCUUUUAGGAAACUCAAGAAGCCAAGCCAGCCCCAGAAGGAACAGAAGCAAUUGAGUCUGGCUCAACUUAAAAAAAAAAAAGAAGUGUGCUUCAAUCGUAUCGAGUUGGGUAGGUUCCUUUCCUGGUUUUGUCCUUCAUUCGCUAGGCGUAUUCCUCAUCCCGUUUGUUUAAAUUCUUCAUUCGAAGAUGGAUCGGCGUAAACUUUAUCGCCUUCUGAAACAGGCAUGGCCCUUCCUGAAAUAGCUCAAACCCUGGCAGCCCUAGUCCCUACCCAGCAAUAAGAAAGAGUUGUCUGUCUCGAGCCUAGAAUAGAACUCGGCUAAGAUCUUCGGAUUCAUUGGGGACCAGGCCCGGGCGAGACAAGCUACCUUUCCUAUCCGAUCAGAAAUCCUAUCGAUAUCCUCGGCAAAGCAAAUAGUCCAGCAUGGGCAUUACAUUAAGUAGAAGUAGAAUUUGCUAGUUGUAUACGAACCUUCGCCAAUUAAAGCGAGCUAUUCCUACAAUGGUGCUGCUCAAUCCUUUACGGCUGUAGUUCUGAAUCUAGUGAUCGGCUAUGGUUGAAGCUUUAGUGCCUUGUAGAUGUCAAAUAGAGAUCAAGCAAACAUGCUUCCGCGGGGAUCAGAUUUACCAGAUCUGGUAUUAGUCUAACUUACUGAGGUAGUCGAUUGGAGAAGAGGGCCACAUCACACUCUAGACAGAUCCGAAGCGAAAGACCAGUAUCAAUCUCUUCCCCCGAGCCAGCCCUGCGGGUAUCCUUUUCUCCGCCGCUCUUCAGAUAAGAUAGGCUACACUCGAAAAGCGUAGGCCCGGCAGUUGGUACGAAAACAGAACCAUUAGUGGAGUAAGAUCCCGAUCAAAGCAGAGCGGUCUCAUCGAAAGAAGCAUAUCCAAGAGAAGAGACAGGCAGGCGCUUAGGCCAGUCCAAAAGCAGAAAGAGAGAAGUUGGGGUCUUCGUCUACUGAUCUUGUGGUUGAUAGCCAUCGAGGUAGUUCUGCGAAUCUUUCUAUGGAGGUUGGCUAUUCAAUAAAACGAAGUCAGCGGUUUUGACUCCCGGCAGGCUGAGCCCUAGUUCUGUCUAGAGAAGCUCGCCACUAGUGGAAGUGCUUCUUCGUAGGUUUGCCUUUGGUAAGUCUGCCGGUUUUGGCCUUGGAAUGGAAUCCACCAGAUAGACUAGACCAUAAGUCAAAGCAGCUCCCUCUUUGACCCAAGGGAAUAAGCCUUCACUGUCAACCAAAAGCGGCGAACUAGUACCAAUAGAAAGAAAGGGAUAUGCACAUAAGCUAUGAAUACGCGCACGUAACCCUCUUUCCCUUCCGGCGGACGCUCUAGAAGCCUACUAGAGGAAGCUUUAUCCGCCGUUCCUUCUAGAACCCCUAACUCCAGUUGGCAUGCAAUAGUUUCACCAUUCGCGGUAGUUCCGCCCCUGACUAUUUCUAUGGAAACCCACUCAAUCUUUUACACCGAUGUUUCACUUUCGAUUCUAGAAAAAGGCGCACAUCUACUUCUGCUACCGCAGCUAGCAAUCGUGCCAAUACGGACUUGUUCCCUUGCAAUACUAGACUUAGCUUCUUGACUUGACCUUGCUUUCUCCAAUCAUUCAUUCUGGACUUUGGGUCUAUCUGCCUCGGGUAAAGCGUAUAUAAUCUCAUAUCACGAAUCUCACAUCACGAGCGCUAGAAGAAAUACGAAUCUAUUGGGGAACACUUCAUUACGAAUCUAUUGU